AUGAAGUCAAGACAAAGGCAGACACUGUGUCAUCAAGGGGGACAAACAGCUGUAGAAACCAAAAGGGAUACGAAAGUAGAAGAACUAAUUACUACAGCGACAAUUUGGGCAACACUGCCGCGCGCACCGUUCCUAAGGGGUUAUGUGCAUCUAUUACUAGCACUGUUUUCACCAGCACUGAUUGCGUGGCUCUUCCUUUCCGUUGUCAACAAGGACUACUUCGUGGAAUAUGUCGUCGCAUUUGUUUGUUGUAUUCUGAACUUCGUCGCCAGUGCCACGCUUCAUUACACCGUCUGGGAACUUAAUUCGUUAGACAUAUGUCUAAAGGCAGACUAUGCUUUCAUAUUCCUCAUGAUAGGCGGAUCGGCCGUACCGGCUACAGUCGCCGUCGCCAAGGACGACUUUAGCGUACUAACUGCUUUGAUACAGUGGAUAGGAAUAUCUAUGGGCACCGUUGGGGCGCUGGCCUUCCGCUUCGUCACCGCGUCACCAGCACUCAGGGUAAUAGUGUACUUCGCGGUAGGGUCGCCGUAUGUACGCCUGUGCUGCAACCUCUACAAUAUGAAGUGCUUCGUGGGCCUGCUAUUCUCCUGUAUGACACUUGCCGUGUAUAUGUUGGGUGGCGUCGUAUACGCUAAAAGGGCACCAAACCCUAUUCCAAAGUACCUCGGUUUCCACGAAGUCUUCCACCUGUGCUGUGCACUGGCGCUGGUUACCACGUUCAUCGGAAAUCACAAAAUCACUAAUUUCGUUGACAUGUGA